ACUUUCGAAAGCAAGCAGCGGCAGCAGCAAGGAAAAAUGAAGACGAUAUUGUCAUCGGAAACAAUGGACAUUCCCGAUGGAAUUACCAUCAAGAUAAAGGCUAAGGUAAUCGAAGUUGAAGGUCCAAGAGGUAAGCUUACACGUAACUUCAAGCAUCUGAAUCUCGACUUUGAAUUGAUCAAAGACGAAGGAAAGACGAAACUGAAGAUCGAUUCCUGGUUCGGAUCUCGCAAAACCACCGCAGCAAUUCGUACCGCUUUAAGCCAUGUAGAUAAUCUUAUCACCGGUGUAACCAAAGGUUAUCGGUAUAAGAUGCGUUUCGUUUAUGCACAUUUUCCUAUCAAUGCAAGUAUCACUAAUGGAAAUAAGUCUAUUGAGAUUCGUAAUUUCCUUGGAGAGAAGAAGGUGAGGAAGGUUGAUAUGCUUGAUGGAGUAUCGAUUUUGAGAUCUGAAAAGGUGAAGGAUGAAUUGACUCUUGAUGGAAAUGAUAUAGAGCUUGUUUCUAGAUCUGCUGCUUUGAUAAACCAAAAAUGUCAUGUGAAGAAGAAAGAUAUAAGGAAAUUUCUUGAUGGUAUCUAUGUUAGUGAGAAGGGAAAAAUCACUGAGGAAGAGUAGUUUUCCAUCUUCUUUUUGGAACUUGAUGAGUAAAAUUUUGGGUUUUCAAAGUUUUGUCAUCAUUGAGAGAUCUUGAUUAUAUGAUCAAUUGGAUGUUUUUGAGCUGCAUUAAUGCAAGUUCUACUUUGAUUCUUUUCAAAUAAAUUGGGUUGGAACUU